UUGCGCUGUGCCUCUCGUUGUACAACCAGCGGCAGCCGGAAGCUUGCCUUAUGUAAAUCUAGGGUUUCUAACAGCUGAUGAGCCUCGAGUCAGUGAUACCGAAGAGCAGAAAGAUAGAGAAGGGAAACUGGUUGUUUUUGUUAAACAUUAAGAAGAUCAGAGUGUGACUUUCCGCUCGGGCAAUAGGUAGGAUGUCUGCUCGGACCGUGAUCUGUUUACUGAGGCAGGACCUGCGCCUCCACGACCAUGAGGUGUUCCAUUGGGCUCAGAGCCAUGCGGAGCACAUCGUGCCGCUGUAUUGCUUCGACCCGAGGCACUACCUGGGGACAGCCGUGUACAACCUGCCCCGCACCGGGCCCUUCCGGCUGCGCUUCCUGCUGGACAGCAUCAGGGACCUCCGUAGCGCCCUGUUGAAGAAGGGCAGCACGCUGGUGGUCCGGCGUGGCCGCCCAGAGGAGGUGGUGGCGGACCUCAUCAGGAGUCUGCCCUUUGUCAGCGCAGUGGUCUUCCACCAGGAGGUGGCUUCUGAGGAGCGAGCUGUGGAGCAGGCGGUGAUGGAAGUCUGUGCCCAGAUGAAGGUCAAAGUUCACACCUGCUGGGGCUCCACGCUGUACCACAGGGACGACCUCCCCUUCCCACCGGCCAGGCUCCCCGAUGUGUACACGCAGUUCAGGAAGGCGGUGGAGACCCAAAGCAGGGUGAGGCCUCUGUUCCUCAGCCCAGACCAGGUGAGGCCUCUUCCCCCAGGCCUUGAAGAGGGAGACAUCCCCACCUUGGAGGAACUUGGUCAGACCGAGCCAGUGUCUGACCCUCGCUCAGCCUUCCCCUGCAGUGGAGGAGAGAGCCAGGUCCUGGCCAGACUCAAACACUACUUCUGGGACACGGAUUCAGUUGCUAGCUACAAAGAGACGCGCAAUGGCCUCAUUGGUGUGGACUACUCAACUAAGUUUUCCUCCUGGCUGGCCCUGGGGUGCAUCUCCCCGCGCUACAUCUACCACCAGGUCCGGCAGUACGAGAGCGAGCGAACAGCCAAUCAGAGCACCUACUGGGUCAUAUUUGAACUGCUGUGGAGGGAUUACUUCAAGUUUGUGGGUGUCAAGUAUGGAAACAGACUGUUCCAUCUCAAAGGACUCCAAGACAAGUCUGUUCCGUGGAAGAAGGAUAUGACACUUUACAAUGCAUGGAAAGAGGGCCGGACGGGCAUACCCUUUGUGGACGCCAACAUGAGGGAGAUGGCCAUGACGGGCUUCAUGUCCAACAGGGGGCGCCAGAACGUGGCCAGCUUCCUCACCAAGGACCUUGGCCUGGACUGGAGGAUGGGCGCUGAGUGGUUUGAAUAUCUACUUGUGGAUCACGAUGUGUGCAGUAACUAUGGCAACUGGCUGUACAGUGCAGGCCUGGGCAACGAUCCCAGAGAGAACAGGAAGUUCAACAUGAUCAAGCAGGGGCUGGACUAUGACGCUGACGGGGACUAUGUGCGACGGUGGGUUCCUGAGCUGCAGGGCCUUGGGGGAGGGGAGGUGCACGCCCCAUGGGCCCUGGGGCCCUCAGCCCUGAACCACGCCCAGGUGACACUGGGGACCAGCUACCCCCACCCCGUGGUCAUGGCCCCGGAGUGGAGCAGACACACGGGCAGGAAGGCCGGCGGACGACAGAGUGACUCUUGUCCGUCAGCAAGAGGAAAGAAGGGCCCCUCUCACACGCCCAAGCAACACAAAGACAGAGGCAUCGAUUUCUAUUUCUCUAAAAGCAAAAACUUAUGAAAACAACAAGGAUAGAUGUAACAAAGCUCCUGCCUGUUUGCAGAAGUGAAACCUGGUUUCCUCUACGCUGGGCCGACACCAGGGGCCUGUCUGUAGUUCUGCGUGGUUAUUUUAUAUCGCUGCUGUUAAUCGGGGGAAAUGUGCUCAUGUCUUUAUAUUUUAAUGCUUGAAUUGCAUUGAGGUUGUCAAUCUCUGGUUCUCGUUCAAAGUGUUUCUAAGAUGUGCUCUGGUCCGUCGUCACGUUGCACUUUCUGUGAGACUGAGAAGGUUGUGGUUUGGAUGCUUUUCUAUGGAAAGCUACUUGGGGUGUGUUCAGCCCUUUCUCGUUUCUUUCUUCUAUGCUGUCUACUGAACAUAAAUAUUUGUUGCAGAACUGAAACCGUUACAAAAAUGUGCAAAUAAAAAAAGUUUUCUUUUU